AUGACAAGUCGUGAGGGUAUUCACCCCCCAUAUGAGGUACCCGUUGACGCCAUUUUUCAACCGGAAGGGGAAGGCGCCGACAUUUCCAGAAGUGGAACUCUUAUUUCAGGCGCUGCCUCAGCACGAACUGUGGCGUCACCGUCGCAAACCCAACCCGCUGAUUCGCGUCUGUCGCUUUCACCACAACUCAAAAGUCCGAAAAUAACUGCAACCCCUCGAGAAGUGUCCCAAGGGGAACGCUUUAGUGGUGAAUCGCUCGAUCAACCACUAACGCCGGGGUGUGCUAAAGAAAGGGUUGGGCCAAGUUCUUCAAGGGGUAGUGAUUUGGCAUCAGUUGGUGACGGAUUUACCCGUUUCACAUAUGGCAGUGUACAGGAUUGUGACGAGUUGGACAGACACUCUCUUGGACCGCAAUUAACAGACGCGUUGGAGUGCUCCUUUCGGAGUGGCACCUUCGUCCCCAGCAGCGGACAAUCGUACACCUCGCUGGGUCGUGCUGCCUUUCACAUAUUCAAGGGAAAUGUGGGUACGGGUGUUUUUCUUCUUCCAGCUUAUUACCGAGACGCCGGAUAUGCUCUGGGCGGGGUAGUUGUUGUGCUGAUGGGAUGGUUAAUCAUUGACUGUGUGUUGGCUCUUAUUCGUGCCAAGCAAAUUAUUGGCCACACAGGUGCACGUACCUACCCGGCCGUGGUAAAGUAUGUAUUGGGAAAGUUGUGGAUGCACUUUGCCAAGUUUUCACUGUUGUUUACACAGUUUGGGUUUUGUGUAGUGUACAUACAGUAUGCCUCAUCACUGUUUGCAGAGUUCUUUACCGGUCAUGACUUGUACAAACUGUUCGUUUUUAUUAGUAUUGUGGUGGUGACAUUCAUGACCUUUGUUUCGCAUCGCCUGGGUUUCCUGGCGUACAUGUCAAUGAUUGCAGCGGUGUUUGUUAUGGUGGUGCUUGCGGGAGCAACAGCCGAAGAGGUGUGUUCCCUUUCAACAACCGGUGUGGCUCCUGAAGUGUGGGCAAUUGUGCCGACAAUGCGCAUAUUUCUCUUUAUUUCGGGCCACGUGUUUUCCCUAGAAGGUAUUGGUGUGGUUCUUCCUGUAGAAAACAGCAUUUCUCCCGAAGACUACCCGAAGUUUGAAAAAGUGGUAAAGUACGUUAACGCCUCCAUUGUUGCACUAUAUGUUUUCUUUGGUGUUCUUGGUUAUUUAGCUUAUGGGGAAGCGUUGGAGUCAUCGGUGGUACUCGCGAUGCCAGCCAGCACAAUGAAGGUGCUCAUGCAAGUGCUGCUCGGAUUGAGUCUCAUUUUUGGCUACCCUAUCCAGUUUGUGCCAGCCAUACAGUUACUAGACAGGGCGUUGGGCAUUGAGCUUCACAGAGAGAAAUCGAUGUUUGUGAUGGUUCGCGUAACCUUUAACAUUUUUGUUGGAGCCAUCGCCGCAAGUAUUGGUGCGGAGACUGUUAGCCUUUUCGCUGGUUUCUUGGGGGCAUUUACUGGCAUACACCUUAUGGUAACGCUUCCCGCUCUCCUCGCCAUUUUCACCGAGCGUGUGGAAAAUGCACGUAGCAGUACUGAUGUUGAUGGUGUGAGCGCAGAACUUUCUUUUUGUGACUACAUGAAAAUAUUUUGUACAUUCCCCGAUAACCCCUUCGACUGCAGGUGGUACGCGUACAUUAUUUUUAGUCUCUUUGUGUGGGUAGCAGGAAUUUAUUUUACUUUCGCCCCAAUGCUAUCAAAGUAA